AUGGCUCAAGAAAUCCUUAAUUUUAUUGACAAGUUUAACAUUGCUUUUUCUUGCAGAACCAAUGUGUAUAUCAACCCACCAGUUGCCCCUCCUCUAGUUGGUGGAUAUGGAUAUGGCUUUGGCGUGCCAUUUUAUGGUGGAUGGGGUUGGUCUCCAUUUUCAUUCUUUGCACCCGGUCCCAGUGUUCCUGUUGGCAUUGGAGGUGGAUUCGAACUCUUUGCUUUAUUUCUAUUCCUCGGUGCAGUUUCUGCUGUUGUUAGGCGAUUCCUUGGAUCAAGAUACGAUGAUGAUGAUGAGGAAUACUAG